AUGAUCUACUCUUCCGAGACGAUAGAUCCCUUUUCAAACCAAUCUACCUAUAAUGUGUUUGCCCUUGUCAUGGGAGGCGGAGUGGCUGGAAGCUCAGUUGCUUACCAUCUCACGAAGAGGAAUAUAAAAGAUGUAAUUCUUCUAGAAAAAGAAGCAGUUGCGGCACCGACUGGAACGUCUUUCCAUUCACCGGGACUUGUGUCGGCAAGUCACCCAGCCCAUCGAUAUAAACCAAUACUUGCGUAUUCAGUAGAAUUGUAUAGCAGACUUCAAGAUGAAACUGGCGAGGUAUUGACUGGCACAAUACGUCUUGCUACAAAUCCAACUAGACUUCAAGAGUUCAAACGUUAUGUCGCUAGGGACUAUUACAAGGAAGGAGAUGCAUGCAAAACUUCAUUGCUAACUCCUGAAGAAGUUGCUGAAAUCGCUCCGGUAGUAGACACCAAGCAAAUUCUGGGUGCAUUGUACACAACGAACGAUGGUAUGAUUUCAGCUUCGGGGCUGAACAAAGCUUUAGUGGUCGGUGCGAAAGCUGGAGGUGUGGAAGUGAUCAAUUCUAAUCCAAAUUCGGUUCGAUAUGACAAGGAGAAAGGUGUCUGGCAUGUGGAGUUAGCCAAUGGUUCACUAGUCACCGCAAAGAAUUUGCUGAAUGCUGGAGGAAUUUGGGCUAACGAUAUUGCUCAUCUCUCCGGUCAUGAGUUACCAAUGGUCAUUGCUGAACAUCAGUACGCUACGCUCAAGCCGAGCUCACCUCCUCCUAAUACUCCUGCCGUGAUCGAUCAUGAUAGCACUUUUUAUCUUCGCAAAUUUGGUGACAAUUUUAUUUUUGGUGGUUUUGAACCUAUGGAGAAAGUGGUUUUCAGAGAAGAUUGGUAUCGAAAAGGGGUCCCAUCCGAGGGUUCUCGUGCAAUUCAACCGGAAUUUUCACGUUUGGAAGAAGCCCACAAUCGUGCGUGCGAGCUCGUUCCCUCGAUCAGAAAUGCUCAAGUGGAGGCUAAGGCCGCGCUUUUCAGCAUGACGCCGGAUGGGUAUCCAUUGGUAGGACCGUUUGAUAAGGAUUAUUGGGUGUCAACAGGUUUUCUAGAUGGUGUCAGUAGCGGUGGUGGAAUAGGAAGAUAUAUUGCUGAUUGGAUGGCAGAUGGUGAACCACCAUUGGAAUUAUUCGAUACCGAUGCGAGCAGAUAUGAUAGAUGGGCAACGAGACAGUUUAUUGUGGACAAAAGCCGUGAAACAUAUUCGAUGUUCUACAAUUGGUCAUACACGAACAGAUUGGGUGGACGUCCAACUGAUCGUGUCAGUGGAGUCUAUGGAAUGCUUAAAAGGGACAAAGGACACUUCUCAUUUCGUAAUGGAUGGGAGGUUCCGCAAGUCUUUGAUAUAGAUGAGGAAGGAAUGUUGUCUACACUAAGUCGAGAGUAUCAAAUGGUGACAAACAAGUGCGGAGUUAUUGACAUGUCGUGGAAAGGAAAAAUCGAGGUGAAAGGAGAAGAUUCGAAUGCUCUUAUGAAUUAUGCGAUUUGUACUCAGAUCCCACCUCUCGGCAAAAUAGGAUCCGGGUUGAUGCUAACUCGACAAGGUCGUCUGUUCGCACCGCUAAAAAUAUUUCAUCACGAUGACACUCGUUCCGCCUUUAUUAUGCUGACUGAGCCUGAGAGAGAAAGCAGAGAUAUCUAUUGGCUCCGACGGGCUGCGAGAGAGAAGAAGUUCAACGUACAAGUGAAUUGUGUAUCAGAGUACCUUGCCUCACUUGCUCUAGUAGGACCGAACAGCAGGAAGGUUCUAUCUGAACUUACCAAGUCGGAUGUGUCGGAAGAAGGCUUUCCUCAGCGUUCAACUCGUUUAAUGCGACUGGGACUGGUGGCAGUUGUGUGCGCUCGCAGUUCAACGUCUACUGGGCAACUCAGCUUUGAGCUGUUUCAUAAUCGUGCCGACUCGGCCAGACUUUAUCAGGAAAUUAUGCGUGCUGGUGCGCCAUAUGGAGUGGUAAACUUUGGUCAAGCGACAAUGAACAUGAUGCGGUUGGAACAUGGAUAUAAAAUUUGGGGAAGGGAACUCACCCUAGAUACGAAUCCCUUCGAGUGCGGAUUGGGAGCUCUGGUUGAUUUCACUAAAGAAGAUUUCAUUGGAAAAUCGGCUGCUUUGGAGUUGAGUAAACAAAACUUCAGUCGCAGACUGGAGUUACUAACGUUCGAUCCUGCCGACAAUCCUCAAGUGCCUCUUGAGUGGAAGAGCCUUCCAUUUGGAAUGGAAGUAGUUCGUCGAGAAGGUCAUGAAGAGCGUAUUGGGCAGAUCACUUCUGGUUCAUAUAGUGUUCGCCUUCGACGACCGAUAGCUUUUGCAUGGAUCGACAACGAAGUACAAUCGAGCGAAAGACUGUCGGUGGACAUUGGAUCAGAGCGUAUGUUGAUUGCAAGAAUUCUCGAGAAUAUUCCUCACGAUCCCAUUCAGUAA